CUGACAUAUCUGAUAAUUUUGUUAAUGAUAUCGAGAAUACACUUAAAAUUUCGAACGAAAUUGAAAGUAAAAAGGCUCUAGAAAACCUUUUUGAUUAUUAUGGCAUUUACGUUUUCACGAAGUUCACUCUUGGAGGUAUUAUCACAAUUAGAGAUUGGUUAAACGUAUCUAAUGAAAGCAAGACAUAUUUAAAGAGCUAUAUAAAAUGGGGAAUUGAUUGUGGGAAAGGACAAACUUCUGAAAUUUUUGAAGAUGUACCACUUGAUAAAAUACCUCUACUUGAAACUGACGGCGAAAUGGAUACCCUUGGCGACUUAUACAACUGGUUUACGAGAAUAUAUGAUCUCGAAUUUGCUAAAGUUAUAUCUUACGGAAAGCUAAUCCCAUCUUACAAAUUACUAUCAGAUGAUUUACAAGAAAAAUUAUUUGCUGUAACUGGCUCUAGACCCUUUGGGGCACCCGAAGGCGAAUUAGUUCCUAACGUUCAAGAUAAAUAUGAGAAAAAAGAUUUUAUAAAAUGGAAAUCAUUAAGACCUAAACUUGAAUUAUUUUUAUGGGAUUGGUUUCACAAUAAUUCACUCCAAUAUGGUGUAAUUCUACACGAAUCAAAACUUGGGCAUGGAAAAAAGGCAGCUUUUAAGUUUUUGAGAGUGCCUCACACUGAUGAGAUCAAAACAAUCACACUUUUAUUAGUACAACCCCAAAAUCGUCAAGAAGCUAUUUAUUAG